UAUAUCGAUUUGUCGCAGAGUUACCAGGAAUUUGUGCGUCGUAAAAGAAAAACAAAUUAUUGGACAAAAAACCAUGGAAGGCACUCAAUUACCUGUAACAAUUACAAAUAAUGAUGCACCAGCAAAUGUGAAGACCGCCAAUGCGCCUAUUGUGGCUACGCACACAGCAGGCGUCCCUGCCACUGUCAGUGUGUCAUCGACAUCUGUCAACACUUGCGCAGCCCCAGCAGCUACAACAACAACUACAACAACGACUACAACCAAAACGCUUUUGAGUAAAACUCCAAUUCACAAUUUGCCGAUAGAGUUGCUGCAAAACGACGCAGCGAAACGCCGAAGCUCUUCGCGAACAAUUAAACGCAAACGUUUUGACGACGAAAUCGUCGAAUACAAUCUGACAAUACCAGCGAGCCGUGGCGGCGCUGAUCCAAACCGCUCGAAUCGACCGCGCACCAUUUCGCAAAACUAUCCUGGAAUUGUGACGACACAAACGGCGUUGUUGUUGCAAUCGCCCGCAUCGACUUUAGCGGCGGCCGCUGUUGUUGCGCCCGAAACGCCUCAGACACCAGGCACUGCUGUGGAAUCGCUGCCCGGCACACCAAGUAUUGUGGCUGCUGCAGCACCUGCUACGCCUUUAACGCCAGCCACGCCCGCAUUGCCGCUGCCCACAGUUAACACAUCUGUGGCACUAGCGCAGCCAAAGCCGAGACCGAUUAUGGACCGGGCUCCAGCCACUGAACGUCGUCCGCGUCCCUCGCGCACUACAAGCAACCGUAAGCCACGCCGCAAUGGCCGCCCAUUGGCACAGAUGGCCACCAAGGAUCUGGGUCGCUGGAAGCCAAUUGAUGACCUGGCACUCGUUAUUGGCAUACAGCAAACAAACGAUUUGCGAAUGAUUCAUCGUGGCGUCAAGUUCUCCUGUAAAUUUACGCUGCAGGAGCUGCAGCAGCGUUGGUACGCGCUGCUGUACGAACCAGCCGUGUCGCGUAUUGCCGUCUCCGCCAUGCGUAAUCUGCAUCCCGAAAUGGUGGAGUCCGUGCAGCGCAAGGCUCUAUACAGUGUGCAGGAGGAGGAUCUGCUGGGCACCAUCAAGAGCACGGAAACACCGAAACUGGAGCAAUUCCAAGAGCUGCUGGACAAGAAUGCAGGCAUUUUCUAUUGUGCACGUACCGCUAAGUCGCUCCACAAUCACUGGCUGCUGCUCAAGCAGUACUGUUUGCUGCCGGAUCAAACAAUAAAGCCGUUGCAGGGUUCAGAUCAGCCGUUGAGUUUUUCAGAUGCAGAGGAUCAAAUAUUAGAUCAGGAAUUGAAUGAGCCGCGUGACGAGGCGCUGGAGAUUGAAACAAUGCUGGCCGACCGGCGCAACAAGCGCGACAUACGUCUGCUGGAGAACGAGCUAUCACGUUGGGGUGUCUUGGUUGAUUCUGUGCUGGGUCCGACGGCUGCCAGUGAAUUCGACAAUCAAACACUUGCCUGUCUAUGCGGUCGCCUGGUGCGAUAUUUAAUGCGCUCCAAGGAGAUAACAUUUGGUCGCGAGGCCAAGGAGUGCGGCGUGGAUGUCGAUCUGUCGUUGGAGGGACCUGCUGCAAAGAUAUCACGUCGCCAGGGCACUAUAAAGAUGCGUAGCAAUGGCGAUUUCUUCAUUGCCAACGAGGGCAAGCGGGCCAUCUUCAUUGAUGGCACACCGCUGCUGAAUGGCAAUAAGACGCGACUGGCCCACAAUUGCACUGUGGAGAUCUCAGGACUGCGCUUCACGUUUCUGGUUAACUAUGAGCUCAUCAAUGCCAUACGGCAGGAGAGCGCCAAAACAUCGAAUCAUUUGAAUUAGACUAGUAUUAGCCUCUUAUAAAAUUAAAAUUAAAGCAAAAGCAGCUGUCCCCGUCAAGGUCGCUGCCAUUACUACUAUUCUUAACAUUAAUAAGAAAAUACGUUCUGGAAAUAUACAACAUAAACAAUGGCAUAAGCGA